UUGGACAUGGACUGCUUCAGUAUCUGAGGAGUCGCGAAUGGUGCUGAACAUUGUGCAACCAUCAGCGAACACCCCGGCUUCCGAUCUUGUGAUGGGAGGAAUGUCAUUGAUGGAGCAGCUGAAGGUGGUUGGGCCGAGGACACUACCCUGAGGAACUCCUGCAACAAUCAUUUGGGACUGAAAUAAUUGACCUCUGACUACUACAGCCAUUUUCCUCUGUGCUAGAUACGACUCCAGCCAAUUGUCCUAGAGUUCAGCUCCACCUCAAUUUACCUGAUAUGCAGACUUGAUAUCUUGAGAUGACAAUAGCCGCAAUUAUAAGAUGAAGGCGUUUUUUCUUGGGCUGUGUGUGUUAGUCCUCAGGGCUGAGGAAGGCCCAGAGUUCAGCGUCACCGCACACUACAGUGGGGAAGUCAUCCUUCCAUGCAGCACAGGAGGCAGCUCUGUUGGGAGGGUUUAUUGGCAAAAGGAGGGCGAUGAACCGGUCUUCAUGAAAGCCUAUUGCACAGACGGAAGUAACUGCGACAAGAUCAAGUCCAGCUAUGCUGGCCGAGCACUCUUCAUUGGCAAUUUAGCACGGGGCAACUUCUCUCUCAAACUUCGAGACAUUCGCCUUGAUGACGAAGGCUCCUACCACUGUGUGCUAAUGAAUAAUCAAGAAGUCUCUCACUGUCACCAUAACCUGAAAGUGAUAGCCCAGUACCGGACACCAGAGAUAAACAUCACACGAGGAGUGGACAAUGUUGUCACUCUCACCUGUUCCACCAGUGGAGGUUACCCAGAGGCUGCGGUGCGAUGGGUGAAUGGAAGUGACAACAGUUCCUUCCCGGAGAAUCUGGUGGUGACCAGACACGUCAGAGACGAGCAUCGACUGUACAGUCUGACCAGUGUCCUUCGGGUCAAAGUCAGUAAUGACCGCAUCACCUGUCAAAUCGUCACCAACAGAACUGAAGACAUCAAUAACUCGGUCUCAGUGUACCCCAACGGUCAUGGACCCAGCUCGAUCAAGGUUGCCUCUGGAGCAAGCAAGCUGUCCUUCCUCUGGAGCAUUCUCAUAACCGGUGCCUCGCUCUCUUUGAAGUAAACCCUUCUCGAUUCUUCCGUCUGAUCUGAAUGUCCCUCCGCUGCGGGCAGUGGGUGGACACAGACUGGCGCGUGCCACAUCUCCACUCUCCUUCCCCUUGCCUCUUGGCCAGACAUGGUCACGCCCGGACAUCAUGGUUGAGGAGCCUGUCUGACUCUUGCCUCUGUUAGCUUAGCCGCACAUGGCGU